AUGCGGAGUGGUAGGAGCCGGUCGGCUUGCUCUGCUCUUCUUGCUCUCUCCGUCACUUCAAGCACAUCGAACGAACGACCCACGCUCAGCACUUCCACCCACUCACAGCGAAUGUCCACACUCAUCUCCUCCCUUCUCGCGCGCACUUUCUCCCGCACCCAAUCGGCACCAGGCUCUCACCGCCUCCUCUCCUACAACCCCUCCUCCUCCUCCACCAAUUCGACGCCCAAACCACCGACUGCGGCAGAUGAGCUGCGCCGUAUCGAGUCCCGCGAGCGCGCGAGAGAGAGGGAGAGGAGGUUGGAGGAGGAUAUCAGGGAGGCAUGGGUUUGGGGGGUUUGGUGA